GUGUUUUCUGUUUGGUUGACGUCUGUUUUUCUCUCUUUCCUUCAUUUUGUCCAUAACAACAACAAGUCACACAAAGACAUGGCAGAUCGAGGCGGAGUGACGCGCGUGCUGGCCAAGCUUGAAAAGUCGAUUGAGGCUGGCGACUAUUACGAAGCGCACCAAAUGUACCGAAGCGUCUACGCCCGCUAUGCUGCGCAGAACGACUUUGACAGUGCAAUCCUGCUCGUGUACACUGGCUCCACCCUCUUCUUCAAGCAUGGCCAGACGGGAUCUGCUGGCGACCUUGCCGUGCUGAUGCUCGACGCGUACACUGCCCAGCCCACUCCCCUGGACGAGAAGUCGCUGGCGCGAAUUGCCGAGUUGUUUAGCGGCUACAAAGAAGAUCACGCAACCAGAGACAAGCUUGUCCGCCAAAGUUUGAAGUGGUCGACCGCCGUUGGGCGCAACACGCGCGGAGAUCCGUCGCUCCAUCAUCUGUUUGGGACGGCUUUCUGGCGAGAGCACAACUAUCAACUGGCAGAAAGCCAUCUUGUGCUUGGCACCGAGGCGUCAGCGCUUUCGCUGGCCGAAAUGCUUCUUGAAUGGUCUCAGAAAGGCAGCCCUUCUGAGCUCGAGUUGUUUAUCACCCGAGCCGUGCUCAAAUACCUCGAACUGGGCAACCUUCGCGAUGCCAAUGUCCUCUUCCGCACUUUCACUGCCCAGCACCCUUCCAUCAGGAAUCCGCCAUUCCGACUGCCACUGCUGAACUUUUGCCAUUUCCUGCUCGCCACGCUUGAGCGCGAUGCUGCUCCGCUGUUCAAAAUGCUGCGCGAAAAGUAUCGUCCUUCGCUCCAACGCGAUGCCUCGUUCGACGCUUCCCUCGAUGCGAUUGGUCAGUGCUUUUUCAACAUUCGAUCGAGUUCUGGAGUGAGCUCGAUGCCUGGUAUCAGCGAGAUGCUGCGCACAAUGCUUGGCUCCUGAAGCGCGGGCACCUGAGCCACCAGUGGUUCUCAGGUUUGGCCUGUGCGUAUGUGUUUAGCAUUUAGAUUUGCAGCGUAUGAAUACUGUAUCACGUCGUUGCCCGACUUUCACUGAAUACAGUGAUGCAGAGGAAAUGUGAAAAUUGACAGCUAC